AUGCAACAGUCCAAGUUCGUGGUAGUCGAACUUACUACCACGACCUCGGCCAUGACUCUGAUACAGUAUUUGAUCACCAACGGUUUCGACAAAUUCGCCGUUGUAUCAGAUCUUUCGGAUCAUCCGUCCCUUAAAUAUAAAGUCACUUCGCAAGCCACACAUUCCCAGAACAAUGUUGCCGAACGUCACAGCUGUGCUACAGCACAGCCCUCGGAACGGAAUGGUAAACCCAGAGCUUCAAUCAACGAAAUCGCUACGGCAUUAUCGCGGAAGUCAUCGCCUUCACAAACACAUCUGAAUGGCGGUGAGAAUGCGAAGACUACCAGCGCAUUGUCGCGGAUUCUCGAAAGCCAAAAUAAGGCUCCGGAUCCUAAGCAGGAACAAGACCGUCAGCAGCAGGAGAUCCAGCGGAUUAUUCUCGCUCAGGCCGCUUCAACAUAUCAGUCGAUUGGCGAGUCGUUCGCCCGUGAGCACGACGACAGCAAUGGGUACGUCUCAGUAAAUGGGGUAGUGGACGGUGAUGGUGUGGCCGAUUCGAGUGACGGAGGACUAGGUCCUUCUGAGGAGCAAGUCCGCGCAUCCAUGAUACACCUCCUGAACCCAGUGCUGGGUAGCGCAUUUGGGAUACAUAUAUAUAUAUAUAUCCUCCUACGCAAACCUUCUACACCUGUGAACAGCAAUAAGCGUAAAGGUGAAGAAAGCGGAAGUGUCGGUGGAUCCUCGAAGAAGCAUCGAUGGAUGACUGUCGAUGAACUUGAGGAAAGCCGCUUCGGCAGAAGUAAAAGCUACGGCAGAGUGCACUGUAAAGCCACUUACAAAUGCGCGUUGUGUGGAAAACCGACGACAUUGAACUCGACGGGUUCGCGGUGGAAUUUGCUGCGACACGUGAUCAUGAUCCACUCGGAUUCGAAGCCUUACCAGUGCUGGGACUGCGACUUCAUCGGGAUCAAGAGCAAUGUCAUCUCGCACGCUCGCCAGACGAACCACCGCAGUGACGACGCGCACGACAUAACGACGGAUUUGAUGCGCAGCGAAUGGAACACGAUGCUCCACCAAUGCUUUCCCGACUAUGUGAAAGCGAAGUCUCGUGGUUGGCAAACGGGUCACGACGAGGCAGAUGGCGACUUGAUCCAUGUGGGACAAAUAACGCUGGCGAAACAGGAUAAAACUCACCAUCCUAGUGCAAAAGUCCAAAAUAUCGGCGCGUAA